AUGUAUGGCAACUUAAGCAACCAACAAGCAGCUUCAGAGUUGGUGGAGGAGAAGAAGCCGAAGGGGAGAGAGAUCUCUAGAGUAAGAAGGAUCAAUGGCAGCGGGAGGGAAGAGAGCACUGUGAAGGAGCCCUUGGAUCUAAUCCGUCUCAGUCUCGACGAACGCAUAUAUGUCAAGCUUCGUUCCGAUCGUGAACUCCGCGGCAAGCUCCAUGCUUAUGAUCAGCAUUUGAAUAUGAUUCUUGGGGAUGUUGAAGAAAUAAUCACAACUGUUGAAAUUGAUGAUGAAACUUAUGAAGAGAUUGUUCGGACAACAAGGCGAACAGUACCUUUUCUUUUUGUCAGAGGAGAUGGUGUCAUAUUGGUUUCUCCUCCAUUGAGGACAGCCUGAUAGUCUCUACCAGUAAUUUGUUUGAGAAAGUGCUAAAUCAAAUGAUGUUAAGGAAUGCGGGACAAUCACAACAUCCAUAUUUGUUCCUGCAUUU